AUGAAGAUUGAAUUCGCUCCUCGCCACAUCCCGUGGGAGAGACGGCUUCAGACGGCUUCAGUGCUUCAAUGGGUCUUCUGUUUUUUGUUCAUGGCUCAGUGCUCCAUUGCCGUCUUCAUCCUCCUCCUCUUCACACGCUUCUGGCUGAUCAGCGCCCUCUAUGCUGCCUGGUGGGCGUUCGACUGGGACACCCCGAGCAAAGGUGGGCGGCGCUCCCACUGGAUGCGGAAUUCGGUCGUCUGGCGAUACGUGAAAGAUUAUUUCCCGAUCUCGGGAAUGCUGGAGAUCCUUUGUGAAUUUUGCGAGAUUUUGCUCUGGCGGAAAGGUUUAAUUCCCUCUGACAAGGAAUCUGCUUCCUAUGUCUUGAGGAAGAAGGAAGGUGGGAAUAUCGUAAUCAUAGCUGUGGGAGGGGCCCAGGAAGCCCUAGACGCCCGUCCCGGAGCUUACACCCUCUUGUUAGAGAACCGCAAGGGCUUCGUUCGGCUGGCCAUAGAGAACGGCACGCCGCUCGUCCCCGUGUUCUCUUUCGGAGAGAAUGAGCUGUACGAUCAGGUCGAAAACCCCAAAGGAUCCUGGCUGAGGUGGACACAAGACCGUUUGCAGAAGAUCAUGAGAUUCUCCGUGCCUCUCUUCCACGCCAGAGGGAUCUUCCAGUACACCUUUGGGUUUAUUCCAUACCGGAAGCCAAUCUUCACCGUGGUGGGAAAACCCAUUCAGCUGGUGAAGAAGCACAAUCCCAGCCGAGACGAAGUUGAUGAGCUCCAUAAGAGAUACCUGGAGGCACUCUGCAAGCUGUUUGAGGAGCAUAAAUUGAAGUACAACGUGCCAGAAGACACGCAUCUCUCUUUCAUAUGA